AUGACUUCGACUACAACUAUCCUCUUCAUCUCUGUUUUUGCCUUCGCCCAACUCACCGAUGCUGUUCUCAACACCGUCGGAAGUGCCCAAACCAUCUCGGUAACUGGAAGAUUGAUAUGUCAAGGACAACCCGCUAGAAACGUUCUUGUUAAGAUGUACGAAGAUGGAACUAUCUGGGACUCCAAACUUGACUCGACCAAGACAUCCAACGAUGGUACCUUCCGUGUCUCUGGAUCCUACACGAAAAUCUUCACAUUGGAUCCAAAAGUCAACAUCUAUCACAAAUGCAACUACAACGGAUUGUGCUCCAAGAAGGUAACCAUCAAUAUCCCUGACUACGCAGUGGCUUCUGGACGCGGAUCUUCCACAAAUUACGAUAUCGGAACAUUGAAUUUGGCAAAUCAAUUCAGUGGAGAGACCACUGAUUGUAUUCAUUAA